GACCGGAUGCUGCGGAAUGAAGAGCAGGUCCCCGGCUGGAGAGGGGUUGUGCUUUUGGUGGAGGAUCCGGGCUUGCCUUGGCGGUGCCGCUUCCUUCCAGUCCAUGCUUGCUGCUUUCCCCACCAACUCCCGGCGGCGUUUCCUGCGAGCACGAGACUGGGGAUGGAGCUCCACGCUUUGGGGCUGGUGCAACUUUCCCUCUUCGCCCUGUGGGUGAAUGGCCUAAUGAUCAUUGGAUUAGCAGGUGCACAACAGGGGAUUGUCUGCAAUGAAUCCCUCAUGUUACAAAAGUUGCCAGUGUGUGGGAAAUCCUUUGAAGAGAUGAUGCACAAAGUGGAUUCUCGAAAGUGGUGCAACUUGACAGAAUUUAUCCUAUAUUACAACAACUUUACCCUGUGCACGGAACACGAGGCUGCCACGGCAAAAUGCUUUUGGCCGAACCCCCUGGCUGAAGGCUUCAUCACCAGUAUCCACAGACAGUUCUUUUCAAACUGUAGCACAGAAAAAAUUCACUGGGAGGACCCACCGGAUAAAAUUCUCAUCACCCUGAUUCUAAUCCCUGUUCUGCUCACCAUGGCCAUGAUCGGGCUGGUGGUCUGGUGUAGCAAGAGGAGCGACAUUUUGGUGUGACCUGCUCUUACUGUCCUCGCCAUUUUCUUUCUUGCUCGAGAACAAGGGAGGGGGAGAAAUACCCCUAUACGUUUUAUGCACCCCAGAGCUCUAUGGUGCGUGAAGCGAUAAGGGCGUGUGUGAAUUUUCCUGGAGUCACGCAACCCUACUACCUAUAGCCAUUGCUUCUCCAAUGAUAUCAAUAUUAUGUUGACAAUGGGCACAGCAGCGGCUCAUGAUCGCCAUGGUUCUUGGAAUGGACGCCAUAGCGAGCUACCUGAAGACACAAUCCCAACCCGCUAUCCACCAUUGAGGCUUGUCUUGUUGAAACUCAAGAUGGAAACCCAGCGGUUGCAUGAAAUCUUUUAACUUGGCUGUGUGUGUGUGUGUUCCAGAGCAGAUGGGUACACACGCUGAACAUCCACCAUAUUUCCUGUAAGCUUUCCUUGGGACUCAAAGUGAACCGUUGAGGCUUUUAAGUGUGAACUUGAGCGAUUUCUUCACCAAAGAGACAUUACACGAGUAUCGCUGAAGGUUGUUGUUUUCUUCUUUUUCUGAAGUGUCUACACAUGGCCAAACAAAAGUUUAAUCAUCCUUGGAGUGACAAAUUGACAGUGAAUCAGCUCACAACUUUUGAGUGAACGCGUCUCCACGUAAGGAAAUAUCAAAAAAGCUCCUUAACAGAUAACAUCUUGCCGCUGAAAGCCUUUAGAGGAAGACGAUGGGUUUUUUUUUGCAGGGCCGAAAAGAUAGGAGGCUGUGCAGUGGCUUGUUAAAAUUGGCAAAAGAACUGUUAUAUGCCUUGCUUUUGAAAACAAAUAAACAAAAAACUACUAUCAUUAAUAUUGUUAAUUUUAGCAGCGUUCUUUUCUGUGAAUUCCAGAGUCUUUUGUGCUUGUGAUACACUUUAAAUAGACUGGUCUAAUAAUGAGAAAAUACGGCAAUCAUGUUAGUAACUGGUGCCUUUCAGAGCUUAUGUGUUGGUAGAUACUUUUCAUGAACAGAUGAACUCCACCCAGUAGUCUUAACGCUACUUGGGAAGUGGUGUCUAUAUUAUAAUGCAGCCUUGCCAGAACAAUAACGUCUCUUUAUCUCACAACAAGCAUCAGAUUGGCCACACGUGAAGCUAAAUGUUCUUGUUUGAGCAUCGAGACCUUUCAGUCAUAAACACAAUUGUUUUCAUACCUCCUGUCAUUAAAUAAAGCUAGAACUGCUUACCAGC